AUGUCAACAGAGGAACCUGAAGCGUAGGGAUGUGAAUUAUUGGGAGGUUUUGGAAUAAUGGUGUAAUCUAUUUUGGGAUUCCUUUGCUUCUUAGUCCUAGUCUUUAAGAGGCACAUUGAAAAACCAAAAAGAGUUUGGAAAAUAUUUUUAAUGGAUACUGCUAAAUAGUUUGUUAGUGCUGUUGUGUAGCACUUCUUAAAUAUUGGAUUGGCUUUAUUGUUGAGUUCUGCAGAUAGUGGCGAUUAAUGUCAAUGGUAUUUUAUUACUUACAUGUUGGAUUGCACUCUGGGCAUGCUAAUUAAUUGUUUAUUGAUCACUCUCUUCGAAGCUCUAUUUCAAAAGUUAGGCUAGACGCAAUUUCAAACUGGCAAUUAUUACACUAUAUCCUACCCACAUAUCACGACCUACUCGAUAAGUUCUGGCGAUUUGACCGAAACCAAAAAGGCCAAGCCUAAAGUUGAGGUUGCUUAUGGAGUGUACAUGUUUUAAUUAACACUGUGGAUUUUAAUCGUUGUUGUAAGCAAAAUUAUCCUCUACUUCUUCUAAUUACUCUUGGGUGAAUAUUUAUUGACAGCUGUAUCAUGGAUGUUUUAACCUAUAAACUAAUAUCCAGAACUCGAGCUUAUUAUUGUACUAGUCAUCAUACCUUUAAUAUUUAAUGCUCUUUGCUUUUGGGUGCAAGAUUCAUUUCUCAAGAAAAGCAAAUUUAAGAAGAAGGAAAAAACAGCAGUCUUGGAUGCUCUAUAUGAGAAAACUGAUGAGCCUGUGGAAGUGGAAAUAGUAGACGGAGAUGAGAGCUGUAGACCUUCAAUAACAGGAAUUGAGUUACAGCCCUAGUAGAUAAAAAAUGAAUUAGUGUCUAGUGUUCAAGUAAACGAAUAGCAAACUAAUUCAUCAAUUGAAGUUUGA